GUCACAGGCUCAGCUGCACCAAAGGGACAAGUACACCUGCAACAUAGUAGAGUUUAGAUUCUAAGCCAGCAUGUCAGGGGAAGAAACCAAGGCUGAGGUCUUCACCAUAACUGAGGAGACAGAAGUGAGACACAUGAGCAAGAAGAGCUGCAUCUUUGAGAAGUUUGUGCAGCCCUGCCUGGCCGAGCUGUUCGGGACCAGCCUGUUUGUGUUUGUGGGGUGUGCGUCUGUUGUUGGAAAUGCAGGGACUGUGGGUGUCAUCCAGCCUGCUGUGGCACAUGGACUGGCGUUGGGGGUGCUGAUCAUGGUGUUUGGGCAAAUAAGCGGGGGGCACUUUAACCCCGCCGUGUCUCUGAUGGCGUACCUGUGUGGAGGGAUGGAGCUGCCUCUGCUGGUGCCUUACAUCAUGGUUCAGAUGGUCGGAGGGAUGGCCGGUGCUGGUUUGACCAAGGCGAUUUACCCUGAUAGCGUGUAUGCUGCUUCCCUUGGAGGAGCCUUUGGCGUAACCGCCAACACUCAAGCUGAAACCACGCUGGCAGAAGUGAUCAUGACGAUGUUUCUCACCAUUGUAGUGUGCAUGGGGGCCAUCAACAGCAAAACCAGCUCACCAUGGGCUCCUUUCUGCAUCGGCCUCACUGUGACAGCCAACAUACUUGCAGGAGCAACGAUAUCUGGAGCUUGUAUGAACCCUGCACGAGCCUUCGGUCCUGCAGUGGUUGCAAACCACUGGAGCCAUCACUGGAUCUACUGGGUGGGACCAAUUUGUGGUGCACUGCUCACUUCUAGCUUUAUCAGGUUGUUGUUUGGUGACCAGAAGACCCGAAUUUUAUUGAAGUAAACAACUUAUUAAUUGAAGAAGAAGAAGAGCAAGAGGACCUCUCAACUGAUAUUUUAUAACUUUUAUUUUAUUAUUCAUACAUCUCUCUAUCAUUAGGAUGUAAAAUUGAACAUUUUAAGAAAAAUGCACAAAUAUAGUUUUCUCAUAGGACUAGAUUGGUCUGAUGAUGUCUCUUUGACUGUCAUACUUGUAAUUUGAAAUGUAUUUUUUAUGAUUUUUUUAAGGAUUUUUGUGUUUGUUGAUGUGCCUAACAUUAAGUUACUCUUAAAUAUAAAUUAUGUCAGUUAGAAAAUAUCCAAUGACAUUUGAUAAUAAAUUCCAUACAUAAAAUUUAAUAGGACUGAUGACACUUUGUUAUCUAUUCACUGUCUUUUUGUACCCAGUGUUUGGGUCAAAGUCCUGAUGGGGAAAAUAUACUUUAAUGGCUUUAUUACUUGAAAAAUGGGGCAAGGACAGGACACUGAACUAUACAAUAAAGCUAGGUAAGAAUCAUUAACAACUUAGUUUCCAUAAUCUGAAAUAAAAUGCUGUAAAGUAUCCUAAAGAUAUGUAUUUUAUCAUUGAGAUUUAAAAUAUAAAACACU